AACAGGGGAGGCCAGGACCCUCCUGCUGCCUCCCGUUCUGUUCUGCCAGGUGGUGGGACUGGAGCAGCAUCUCUCUCACGGGAGGCAGAUGUCCACCCGUCUUCUCGGGUUUGCACCCAGCCUCUCCCCAGGCGGAGCACGGCCUCGCCGCUGGCUGUGCACCCAGCCCGUCCCGUCCUCGGCGGGCCCACUCUCCACACGCACGCUGGGAACUGGCCCCUCACCCUGCGCCCGUGCCGUGUCCCCGCAGGUGUCCCAGGCCGCCGCGGACCUGCUGGCCUACUGCGAGGCCCACGCCCGGGAGGACCCGCUCAUCAUCCCCGUGCCGGCGUCGGAAAACCCGUUCCGGGAGAAGAAGUUCUUCUGCAUCAUCCUCUGACCCCGUGGCCAUGCAGCACCGCCUUUUCCGGACCGCCCCGCGGGAACCCGCAUGCCCGUAGCUUUAGGGAGCCCCCUCCCCGCCCUGCUCAGCCACCCUCGUGGGGCCGGUCUCCUCUGUCCCUUGGGUUUCAUGAUUGUAACGAUUCCACUUUCCGUUUUCAUGUUAUUUUCUUAAAACACAUUUUUGUUUGUCAGAGGAAAGCAUGGGGCGUGCCUGUGGUGGGCAGCUGUCAUUGUGUCCCAGUUUGUCCAGCAUCUGACCCCUCUUCCUGCAGGACGGAAUCACCCCUUGCAAGUCCAUUGAGUGGGAUGCAGUGUCCCCACCCCCGGGGUUGCCCACAUCCCCUCCGGGGUGCACCCUCUUCCCAGCACCCACUGGCCAGGUUGUGACAAUCCUUCCAGCGGUGCACGUUGCAUUCGUGCACUUUCCUGUACCCGUGUUAUACGGCAAUAAAAAUUUGGUUUGGCGGCCAGCAGUCAAGGAU